AUGUGCCUUGCGAUUCGAUAUCCUCUUGAACGAGAACUCGUGGAGCAAUUACACCAAAACAUUACAAAGCAGCAAAUAUCGAAUUUGGCACUCUUACAAGAACAACAACAACAAAUGAGUGAGGGUCAUCGGCAAGGGAUGGCCAGCUUGGAACGCAUCAACCAAGCACAGGAGCACUUGUGGCAGCAGUGGCAAUUGAACAUGAUGGAUAUGCAUGAAAAAGCAAAGCACGAUCUUUCCGACAUUGCCGAUCUCAUUUUAUCCAUGCAACAUGACUUACAGCUGAAACAACAGGAGCAGCUCAUGCAUUUGGAUAUUAUCGAUUCAUCUCUUAAACAGCGCGUGAAUGCUCUUUGGGAUACCACUGAACAUGAACUUGAACAGAUCCUUGGCCAUGUGGAAGCACGGAUGAAAUACAUGCAAUCCGGUAUGGAAUCCACUUUAAUGUUACAGCGUCAAGUCUCAUUUGAAUGGCGUGCUAUCCAAGAUACGCAGAUCGUCGCAGCAAAGCAAUGGCAGACCAUGAUGAAUGAAAUGAACACAACGCUUGCUUCCAUGUUGAAUACAACGAGCCAAAACAUUCUAUAUCUACAAAAUGACAUUCAAUCCGUUCACAGGCAAUUCCAAGGCAUGCUACAGCCGCUUUCUCAUAUCGGGAUUGUGCUGCUUUUGGUGAUCGGGACUAGGUGCUUGGUAGCAUCUCCUUUCCGUUGGACGAUUAUCACUGUAGCAUUGUAUCUUUUAUUUCCCUAUCGACAUGCUCAGGCGAUAAUCCUUCUAUUUUGGCUUCUCAUCUAUGCCAAGAAGAAAUACAGCCACACUCAUCGAUCACCUACCAGGGCGGCUAGACAGCUACGUCUGUAUCACGACAUGAUCCAAUAA